CAUCAUCUCAUUGCUGCUGUAUACGCGACAACACUUAAUACCGAACAGAAUGUUUGUGUUUAUAAUAAUGCAGGUACUUUUGGUGUAUCUUCUUCCGGGAGAGGCCCUCCAAACAGCCGACAGUCCCUGUCGUGAACCGGAUGUGACUGAAAUGGACAGAAUGCAAAGAGGCAUCUUAGAGAACUACAUGUACAUGUCGGAAGUGACAAGGAGUCGGAAUCAAGUGUUUGGAGGAGUUGACCAAGAUUGCCCAUCCUACCGCCUACCACAGAAAGGAGAAAACCUUCCACUCUGUCCCACCUUCCAGGAAGUAGAUUCCGACCCGACAAGAAUACCAUCUGACAUCGUUCAAACCAGGUGUCGCUGUGAGCAUUGUGUAUUACGUCACAAGCACCGACGUCAACACAUGUGUAAACCUGUACUCAGACACAUCCCUGUCCUGAAGAAAGUCGGUUGUGUAGCCGGUGUGUUUGAAUACAGAGAGUUCCUUCAGGAAGUAUCAGUGGCAUGCGAUUGCAUGAAGAAACAGGACCCAAAGCCAGAAUACAAAGACCGUUCUGAAUUGGUGAGAGAAUCUCGGAUCAACGAUAAUUCUGAAUUGGUGGAAGAGUCGCUGAUCAGCGAUACAGCACAAUACUCAAAUACCGAAAAGAUGGCCAUUGGCUUUGAAACAGUAAGCCAUAUCCCUAGUUCCGUUAGUACGGAUGACAUUCAAACGGAAGACACGCGUAACCAUAAUCACCAGCAUACUUCAGAACACACUGAAACUGAGAAAAUGCCAAAAUGAAUGUUUUAUUUCAAUAUUACGUUAAUUUGAAUAAGACUGAGAACCUAACUAUAAAUGACAUAUGUGGUUGUGUUUUUAUUAAAGAAAUGUCUUUCUCGAAUUUAUGAAAAAACAUGUGUAAUGUUAUUUAUCUGAUAUGAUUUAAGAAUUAUUCAACAUUGUAAUCUUUAUUAUUUAUCAACGUCCAGAUGCCACCUGGGAUAUUUGUAUCCUGAUACAUGUAGCUGAUUGGGCUGAUUUGUCAUAUCCUGUACAGCAGCGUACAUUGUACAUCAGUUUAAAACAUACUAUAUGCAGUGAAAGAAGAGAAAUACAAUUAAC